AUGAACCCAGCAGACACACCCGCGACUCCGAGGCUUCGGACCUCUGAUCUUCCUGACGACGAUGCACCUCCAGUGGCGGCUGCGUCGCGUGAAAUUACCCAAGAUACUCCACUCGCGUCAUUGACCCAAGCAGAGAUUGCCGCGUUGAAUGAACGCAUGCUCAACGAAACAAACUCUGCGUCGCGUGAUGUUCUAAUUGGCCCCAUUUCACCCAUCGCCCAACUACGGCACGCAUAUCUUGACGGAUCACCGAGUGUCCUUCGUCAAAUCGACUGGCUUGAAGAGAAAGGCUACACCCAUUAUCGAGCUGCUGCGAGAGACGGCAACUGCUUCUACAGAUCUUUCGCGUUCUGUUAUCUUGAUCGAAUACUGCAUGCACCAAACCUCUCAAGUGCCGUAGCCCGUUUUCGCGAUGUCCUCUCCUCGAUCGAGUUUUCUUUGGAACUUGCUUUCGAAGACGACAGCUACAAAGAAUUUUCUGAGCAACUCAACGACCUUAUCAAUCUCGUUGCGAUCCAAGGGUCUGAGAUGACCACGGAAGACCUUCUCGGCUUCUUUUUGGAGGUCACGGACUACGUGUCUUAUUUUUUCCGUUUGGUAGCUUCUGCCGAAAUUCGCAGCAACACGCCGCCAUACAGCGACUUCAUCAUCGACCAAGACGUUGUUAGCUUCUGCCAGUCGCAGAUCGAAGCCGUCAGCUCCGAGGCGGACCACCUCGCCAUAAUGGCGCUGUGCAACGCCCUCCGUGUCUCCAUCAAGCUCGCCGCACUCAACGCGCAUUUGCCUGACGGCAAAAUCCACGAGGCACAGAUUUUCACCGACAUCGCGCCAGAGAACGCGAUGGACAAGGACUUGCCCCCAAUUAUGCUCCUGUUUAGACCUGGACAUUAUGAUAUUUUGCUCAAACCACGUUAA